AAGUGUGGUGGUGGGGUUUUUGAGGGCCAGCUCUAGUGACAGGGCUUAAAACCUAGUUAUUUCCGUGUUUGACACUCGCACGGUCAGAGCCAUGCAGCUGGAUAAUGUCACCAAUGCAGGCAUCCACUCUUUCCAGGGGCACCGUGGAGUUGCCAACAAGCCCAAUGUGAUCCUGCAGAUAGGGAAAUGCAGGGCAGAAAUGUUGGAGCAUGUCAGGAGGACCCACCGGCACCUCCUGUCUGAGGUCUCCAAGCAGGUGGAGCGCGAGCUGAAAGGCUUGCAGAAAUCAGUGGGGAAGUUAGAGAACAACUUAGAGGAUCAUGUCCCAACUGAUAACCAAAGGUGGAAGAAGUCCAUCAAGGCCUGCCUGGUCAGAUGCCAGGAAACAAUUGCCCAUCUGGAGAGGUGGGUCAAGAGAGAGAUGAAUGUUUGGAAAGAGGUCUUUUUCCGUCUGGAGAAGUGGGCUGACCGUCUGGAGUCCAUGGGAGGCAAAUAUUGCCCUGGGGACCAGGGCAAGCAGACUGUGUCUGUUGGGGUGGGAGGUCCAGAGAUUAGGCAAGGUGAGGGGGAGAUUUAUGACUAUGCCCUUGAUAUGAGCCAAAUGUAUGCACUGACCCCUCCUCCUGGAGAGGUGCCCAGCAUCCCCCAGGCCCAUGAUUCCUACCAAUGGGUCUCUGUGUCAGAGGAUGCUCCAGCCUCCCCAGUGGAGACUCAGGUCUUUGAGGAUCCCCGGGAGUUCUUGAGCCACUUGGAGGAAUACUUAAAGCAGGUGGGUGGAACAGAGGAGUACUGGCUCUCUCAGAUCCAAAACCACAUGAACGGCCCAGCUAAAAAGUGGUGGGAAUACAAGCAGGACUCUGUCAAGAACUGGGUCGAGUUCAAGAAGGAGUUCCUGCAGUACAGCGAGGGGACGCUGACUAGGGAUGCUAUCAAAAGAGAGCUGGAUUUGCCCCAGAAGGAAGGGGAGCCCCUGGACCAGUUCCUUUGGCGCAAGAGAGACUUGUACCAGACCCUCUAUGUUGAUGCAGAUGAGGAGGAAAUUAUCCAGUAUGUGGUAGGCACCCUCCAGCCCAAACUGAAGCGCUUCUUGAGUUACCCCUUGCCCAAGACCUUAGAGCAGUUGAUCCAAAGAGGGAAAGAAGUCCAAGGCAACAUGGACCACUCUGAGGAGCCCAGCCCACAGAGGACCCCUGAGAUUCAGUCAGGAGAUUCCGUGGAGAGCGCGCCUCCCUCAACCACUGCCAGCCCCGUGCCGAGCAAUGGGACUCAACCUGAGCCCCCCAGCCCACCAGCUACUGUCAUAUGAGUUAGUCCAAGGGAAGCAGCAGUCUGGGUUACAUGGAAGUGAGAAAGGGGCGUAUUUAGGAAGCUUCUCCUUGGAGAGAGGUUCUGGCUGAGACGAGACAUGAGGUGUGCUCAGUCCAUCAGCCCAUAGCAGAGGAAUUAACUUUGCUUGUGGGGGGAGGGAGGUGAUGGGGGAGAGGCACCUUAGGAUGUGGUUGCCCAUCUCACCUGAGCCAUGCAGUACGGUGGUGCUGGAGAUACUGCUUGCACCACUGCGGGGAACGGACAAUUUUAUGAGAUUCCCUGACAAGAAACUUAAGAGAUAAUUCCCAACUUCAGAGGCAGCCGCUUAGCACUGGCAGCAUUCACGGACUUCAUACGAGUGCAGCAAUUGGCUGAGGGUUCCUACCCAUCUGGAUCUCUCCUUCUCUCCUCCC